AUGACGACUCUCGCCAACUCGUUCUCGUCCACGUCCAACGCCGUCGCUAUCGUUGUCCCAGGCCCGCCCAAGCUCGAAAUCACCUACAAACAGCUCCAAGCCGAUAUCAAGACCUUCCAGCACAAGCUCGCCAAGCUGGGCAUCUCCCCAGGCGCCGCCGUGUCCAUCGCCCUCCCGAACAGCUACCCCUUUAUCGUCGCCUUCCUCGCCGCGUCAUGGCAGCGAGGCAUUGCCGCGCCAUUGAAUUCCGCGUACAAGCAGAGCGAGUUCGAGUUCUAUAUCGAUGAUCUGUCAUCAGCGUUGGUGUUGGUACCGCAAGGACAAUCAGACGGGCCGGCUGUGAAAGCUGCCCGAAGAUACAAUGCAGCCGUAGCUGAAUGCUACCUGCACCCACAAACACAUGAGGUGGUGUUGGAUGUCAAGGACGCUGGCAAGUUGGCGGGAAAGGGCAAUGUACGAGUUGAAGAGGCACAGCCUGAGGAUACGGCUCUUGUCUUGCACACGUCUGGCACAACGGGCAGACCAAAGGCCGUCCCUCUCUCGCACCGCAACUUGACCCGCACCAUACAUAACAUCAUCAACACCUACCAGCUCACGCCAGCCGACCGCACGAUGCUUGUCAUGCCGCUUUUCCACGUCCACGGCCUGCUGGCUGGUUUCCUUGCGCCAUUGGGAUCUGGAGGUUCUGUCAUUGUCCCUGGCGCAUUCAGCGCUUCCACCUUCUGGACACACUUCACCGAGCAUGGUGCGAACUGGUACACUGCUGUUCCUACCAUGCAUCAAAUUCUCCUGGUCAACAAGAACCUCUGGCCUCAGCCUAUGCCUAACAUUCGCUUUAUCCGUUCCUGCAGCUCGCCGCUCUCGCCCAAGGUCUUCCAUGAGCUGGAAAAGGCAUUCCACGCACCCGUCCUCGAAGCCUAUGCCAUGACUGAGGCCGCUCACCAGAUGACCUCGAACCCUCUCCCACCUGCGAAGAGAAAGCCAGGAUCGGUAGGCAUUGGUCAAGGUGUGGAGGUCAAAAUUCUCGACCAGGCUGGCAAUGAGGUAGCGCAGGGUAGCGAAGCAGAAAUCUGCAUUCGAGGACCGAACGUAACGAAAGGAUACAUCAACAACGACAAGGCGAAUGCAGAAUCCUUCACCGCUGGAGGGUUCUUCAGGACGGGCGACCAAGGCAAGAAAGAUGAGGAUGGAUAUGUGAUUAUUACGGGCAGGAUAAAGGAGUUGAUCAACAAGGGUGGAGAGAAGAUCAGCCCGAUCGAGUUGGAUAAUGUUCUGGUGCAGCACCCUUCAAUCGCAGAAGCCGUGUCUUUCGCGAUACCCGACGAAUUGUACGGCCAGGACGUCGGCGUGGCGGUCGUGCCUAAGAAGGAUGGAAAGAGCGUGAAAGAGGAGGAUGUAAAGGAGUAUAUGAGGGAAAAGGUUGCCAAGUUCAAGGUGCCCAAGAGGGUCUUCUUCACGGAUGUGAUGCCGAAAACCGCUACCGGAAAGAUUCAACGAAGGAUGGUCGCAGAUGCCAUGUUGAAGAGCGAUGCUCCCAAAGCGAAGUUGUGA